AAAGAGCGUGUGACGUGCGCGAGCACUGUUUGAAGUACCUUAGCUGCUCCAGCAGCCAAGGGAAGGGUAGAUAUGCGAUGGCUCAGUUUGAUUGGCUUGGUAAUCGCGCUCACUAAGAUAGAACCCUCAAGCAGCAGCACAAAUUACUAUGGCAUUCGGUACAGGAAUGGCUACAGGCUAUACGAGUACCUCACUUACGCCCGGCAUGACGCCGACUACGUCCAUUGCCACGUGCGGGGUCUGUACAUGCCUAGGCGAAUGCCUUUGCCCUUCAAACGCUCAAACGUUAUCAUAGACAGACCUCCCUUACUGAGCAAGGUGCCGGUUGGUGCGGCAGCUCUAGCGCCACUUGGAACCGACAAGCACGCGCAGGUCCGGUACGCGCCAGUGCAGAUCGUCAAGCAUGAGGAGAAUCAUCGUCUACUUGUGCAGCCAGUUUGUGACCUGACAGCAGUCCCUGUUGGUAUCAGCGAUGGGUAUGUCCACUUCACCAUUUCUGACGAGUACUUCUCUGCGUCAUCUGAGCGCAGUAGCACCCUAUCCGCCAAGAUGGGUCGGCUUUACAUCACUCCAAGUGGGCAGAAAUGGUGUCCGAGGGACGGAGACCGGACACCAUGGCUACAGAUUGACAUGAACGAGUUAUACUACAUCUGCAGUGUCAGAGUUGAUGGGUACACGCCCUUGGAUCAGUAUGUGAAGACCUUCGCGAUCUCUGUCUCGAAUGAUAAACAGAAUUGGAUUUAUGUGCUCGAGAACGGGAAAGAAAAGGUCUUCACAAGUCUCCGCGGGACAAGGUCGUCCGACCAUCUCGUGGGCCUGGUGGACACGCCCUACCGCUACAUCCGGUUUCACCCUCUAACGUCAAAUGGCGCGCCCUGUAUGGGGGUCGAGGUGUUCGGAUACGGAGCGGUUCAUCAGGCUGGGCUUUCGUUCCCUUUGAACGAGCUUCGUAUGACAGGGACUGUGUGCAACCUCCAGACGGAUUGCGACAGGACGCCAGGCGCCGAGUGUGCGAGGGAGUUGGACAAGCCAGGAACUUAUACCUGCAAGUGUAAAAGAGGUUACCAAGGGCCUGAUGACUUUGCUGCCGGGGCUAGCGGUCAACAGUGCUUAGAUAUCGACGAGUGUAGAACCAACCCCUGUUCCACGCCAUCUUUCAAUCCCGCCAUCUCGUGUACCAACUUGCCAGGCUCCUACAGGUGUAACUGCAAGCCAGGGUUCUACCACCCGCAUGACGAUCCCACGAAGUGUGCAGACAGGGAUGAAUGCCAAUCACUUCCUAACGCAUGCACGAGCAACGCCGCCUGCUCAAACACCGUGGGCUCAUACUACUGCCGAUGCAACAUUGGUUACCGUGGUGACGGAAGGAUCAAGUGUGAUGACGUGGACGAGUGUCACCCCCCAGAUGGAGGGUCUCCCUGUGGGGAAUUCGCGGAUUGUGUCAACGUGGAUGGGGGGUACGAGUGCAGCUGCUGGGCAGGAUACACUGGAAACAGCCGAGCAUCGUGCAAAGACAUCGACGAGUGCUCCGGGUCGAAUGACGUCUGCAAGGAUUCUAACGCAAGAUGCAUUAACACUCCAGGAAGCUACAAAUGCGAAUGUCCUAGCGGAAUGAGUUACAAUCACGGAACGGGCACGUGCGAAGAUAAGGAUGAAUGCGCAAGCCCAGACGAGAACGACUGUAGCCCUGAUGCUAACUGUAUCAACAAACUCUCAUCCUACGAAUGUGUGUGUAAACCUGGCUUUAAAGGAAGCGGAUAUGACGUAUAUGGGUGUAGAGACAUAGACGAAUGUCGUUCAUCCCCCGCCGUCUGCACCGCUGACCACAUGACGUGCAGUAACACACAGGGAUCCUUCGAGUGCAACUGCAAAAAGGGAUUCUCUCUCAGCGCAGACAAGAAAUCUUGUCGCGAUGUUGAUGAGUGCAAGUCAGGAAGCGUGACUUGCCGUGCCAACAGCGAGUGCCAUAACAUCAUCGGCUCGUACUCUUGCACGUGUAAGCACGGCUACACUGAGGACGAGUAUGGCAGUUGCAAAGAAAUGUCUUGGUGUGAAUUGGAAGGUAAAGCCAUCUGUGACAAAAAGCACCAAAUGUGCGAUGAUGCAACCAAGGCAUGUACGGUCUGCAAACCCGGCAUGGAGGAGAAAUCUCCGGGAAACCCCGAUGAGGGGUGCAUAGAUGUUGAUGAGUGCAUUGAUGACCCGUGCCAAGGAGGGAUUUGUAUCAACACUAUCGGAUCAUUCAACUGUUCGUGUAUCAAGGGGUAUGAGUUCGACACCGGCUUAAAACAGUGCGAAGAUAUCGAUGAGUGUCACUCCAGAAAACGAUAUUGCCAUGACAACGCAAAAUGCACUAAUUCAAUUGGUUCAUUUGAGUGUAAAUGUCGAGAGGGGUUUGAUGGGAACGGGAUCUUUUGUGCGGAUAUCGACGAGUGUUUCUCCGAAGACUUUGAGUGCCCGGCGAAUUCUGUUUGCGCCAAUACUCAGGGCGCGUAUAAGUGUCACUGCUGGAAAGGAUAUGAGAUGAAGAACGGGGAGUGUAUGAAAGCGACCACAUUGAAAGAAGGCUUCAGCUUAUUAACAAAUCUGUUUUCCUCGUCAACACGACAACAACCAUGGCUCAGGCUAUUUCCUAUUUUCGUAUGCACAUCUAUAAUACUGGCAUUUAUGUAAUUAGAAUCUGUGCAAUUCUUAGCAAAACGUAAGGGGCUAGAAUUUUGUAUCUGUUGGCUAGGUGUAAUUGACGUUAUGACUUUUCUACCGUGAACCUGUAAACAGAUUAUAAAUAGGCAUUCAUGGAAGUGUACGGAUUAAUGUGGACUACUUAGUGGACUAAUUCUUGCACUCGUACUUGCACUGGACUAACACUUGCACGCCUUAUUUCAAUGUCACCUUUUGAGUCCUUCAGACUAGGUAAGAAUUCCCAAACUAGGGAUAUAGCUGCCAAAAUAUUUCAAGUAGUACACGAAUUGCUACAAGAGACCAAAAGUGUAUUCACUUAAAAGCAUCUUUUUCUAAUGCUUGGUCCAACUUCUGAUGGAAACCGGGAGAUGGUAAGACUAAAAUGAUCAAAACUUUUCCUGGAUUAAAAAGAAGAUAUUGGUAUAUUCGGACCGUUCUUUUUUUUUUUAAUAAAGUGCCCAAAUAUGUUGUUCCCAGA